AUGUCUCAAAAUUGGCAAAUACUUGAAAAAAAAAUUGAGGCGAUAUUAGCUGAGAAGAUGAAAAUGAACCUAAAAACUAUGUGAGUUAGGAAGAUGUUAGGUAUACUCAAACGUAUACUAAUACUUCCAUGGUCGACACCAAUGUAUUCUUUGCUAUCGAAUGUAGUACCUUUACAUCAAUAGACCUCAUUGAUUUAUAGACAACUUAAAUUUAGAAUAUUAUUGGCAUUCCUGCCAUCAAUAUGCCAAAUUAUUGUCAAAAUAUGAUCUAAACUAUAAUGUCAUAUUUUAUUUGUUUGGUAUAAAUUAUUCUUAAUUAAAUGAAAAAAAUAUCGUUAAAUUCUUAGUAUAAUUGAAAGUUUACAUCCACCAUGCCUCCGAAACGGCCGUAAGUACUUGUUUCAAGGUUCAGUUUACUAUGAAAUGGUGAAGUGUACUAAAUUAUAAAUUGUAUAAAAUAAGUGUAUAAAGCUUGCAAUCAUUUAUGAAUAAUGUUGAUUUCAGAAUUUGCAAAUGUCCAGCGGACUUGCAGAAAAUAUGCAAAAAUAUCAGGUUCAACAAAAACAGCAACAAAGAUGUUGAUGACAUCAUAGCUGCUCUGACAUUCGAGGCAGAAAUGAAAAAAAGAAUGAAUAAAUCCAAGGCUCCUAAGUUGAAGAUAAAGAAGUAUAAGCCGCCUCAUUUUAAGGACACCUGUGUGCCUAUGGUCCCUUCCAUGCAUAUGAGGUUACGAUACAUCGGGCACUGCGAUCCGACGCCGGCUAAACCAACCAGAAUGUCACGUCGUGCGAUGCGGGACCUGGACUUCAGUUCAGAUAUCACGAAGAAAACGGACAGGCAGAGGUCCACGAUAAGGUUCCGGGACCAACAGCCGAAUAAAAUAACGAUGACAACACCAAUGCCUUUCGUCAAGCACACUGAUUCGGACAAAUCCAUUUUUAAUGUGCCGAGUCCUAAGCUAAGUGGUGAGAAUAUAAUGGCGCAACGAGCGAGUGUUAAGGCUGCCGAGUUAAACCCGCCGCUACCCGCCAAAUCUGGCCAUGAUUUAUUCCAGCCACACAGCGGAAUUAUACUGAACCCAGAUGGCGAGUUCGUGCCAGAUGUGGCUAUCGUUCCUGGACCCUACACCGCACCGAAACCUAAAAAGAAGAAACUUAGUCGAUGUGCCAAAGGAGGAGUUUGCAUGGACAAGAAGUGCAAGAGGAAGAAGUGUCGGAAAUAUGCAGCGAUGAGACGGAGGCAGCAAGCUAUAGCUGCUCGAGCAGCUCGAAGCAAACGUGGUUCUAAGGGUGAACCUUGCUGGAGUCUGUCGACGGGUCGUUCAGCGGGCGCGAGAGACGGCAAGCCGCGGACGAGGAAGCAGAAGAGUUUUAUACCGGAUGACGAGGCUGUCUGCGGCCUCGACGACUACCAGAGGCCGGAACAUCCACAUAUACCGCCGGGGAUGAAGAAGGGAUCGUUCAAGACACAUUCGUUGACUGUGCUACCGUGUACCAAGGAGAAGAGACCAGAUGUCCACUAUGGAAUACUGAUGGGAUCCUUCAAUAUGUAUAAUGAAAAAUUCGGUGGAAGAUCUAAAGGCAGGCAAGCAUUGACGAUGAGUGUGAUGGCGUACUGCUUAGCUUUUCAUUACCACCCCAAGCAGUGGACGAUGAAGCUUGUCGACAACCUGCUGGAUGCCGGCGAUCAAUGGUACCAACAGUGCGCAGACAAAGUUCACGAUCACGCCCCCUUCCAGGGGAUGUGUGAGGUGCUGCCAUUUGGUAAAAAGCAGGUGUUACUCCUUAAUGGAAAGAAAAUGCAAGUGCUCCUAUGUGAGCCCGACAUAGUCGGCUACACAAUGUCCUUGGACCCCACAGUUUAUAAUCUGUGCAGGGGGUUGAAGGCGUUCUUCCUCGACAACCGAGCUGGGAUUUUACUGACAAGGAUUUUAAAAGUUGUAAUUUGGAAGGACAAGAUUUGUUACUACAUAUUCGACCCCGCCGGUAGAAACGCAAAGGCUUUCUCAAAUUACGCAAACGGUACUGCUGCGUUAAUAAAUGUUAAAGAUUUAGACUCAGUCGCAGAGAUUCUCUUAAGUCGCAGCGUUCUGGAGGACCAGAAAUUUGUUCUAGCACCCGUGAAGGUUCUUAAAAUGGUCGACGAGAAAUGUGAUGAAGACUUGGAAUCCGAAAGAGAACCAACUCAAACGGAGAAAGCUAGUAUGAGCUACAGAAUAAUGUCGGAGAAAUGCGCUAUAGUCAAUGCAAAUAUGCAUUUAGGUGAUAAAUGUUUCGAAGAAGCAAAGUUCCGGCAAGCGUUGACUAUUGCUAUAGCAGCGAUGACAUACGCUAAAAUAUCCCCGCCCAAUACGUGGUACUCGAAGACUUUGGACAAGAUACUGCGGUUUGGUAAUAAACUGUACGUAGAGUGUGCCCAUCCGAAAGUCUUAGUCGAUCUGACGGUCGACAACAUUCCGAACCAAAUAGUAAUUGGCCCUUACGUUUGCGAGAUAAUCAUCUAUAGAGAGCGAGUGAGAGGUCAACUGUUUACCACUAAAGAAUGUAUAUUGAAUAUCAGAACUGGUUUAGAAGAAUUCUUUAAUCGUGAAUAUAACAGUGGUAUUAUAGACUUUAAUAACUAUAAGCUGGCCGUGUGGCGUCAAAAGGAUAUGUAUUACUUAUUUGACCCCUACCCUCGAACUAUGGAUGGCUCGCGUUCUAUGAAGACUGGCAAGUCUUGUUGUCUGAUGCUGCUAAAUACGGACACUAUUGCUAAUGCUUUUACGAAAAAUUGGGACUUUUUGCCCGUUACAACACAGUUUUACAUACACGCCUUCAAAGUCCUAAAGUUGAAGAAAAAGAAGCCAAAGACGCAAAUAGUGUGCACGCUAAGCGACGACAAGCUGCCGGGUGCGUUGGUCAAGCGUAAGAUAUUGAAGGCAGCCACGCCCUCCGCGCAGGGAGACGGCAAGAGCGUCACCAGUGUCAUGCCGGUUGAGGUGCUAAUGGACAACAAGCAGCAGCCGUUUGACGAGGAGCACAUGGGGGAGAUCAUAUCGCUGGUGGACAGCAUACAGGAGGAGUAUCUGCCGCCCAUACCGCUCAAGUACAAGAACAUGCCGCCCGAGCCCGUGGAGCCGAGAGUCGUCAACCUGGACUCGCCGACGGUGUCGGUGACGCAGGUGGUGCCGCCCUGGCCGAAGCCCCGUGACAAGACCAACGAGCCGCCCGAGCCUGACCCCGACCCUGAGCCAACGCCGCCACCCACGCCUCCGCCCCUACCCCCACCGGAAGGAGCUGAAGAGGAAGAAGAGAUGGGCGAGGAGGAGUUGGACGAAGAAGCUCUGAAGAAGAAGAAGGAAGAAGCGAAGCGUAAGAAAGAGGAGGAAGAGGAGGCGCGGCGCAAGGCGGAGGAAUUGCCGCCGCCAAUGCCGCCGCCGCCGCCCUCACCGCAGGGCGAGCUCGAAGUGCCGCUGGCGGCCAGGCCGGGCGGCCGUCCAGAGGAGACCGAAGUAGAGACGAUAGAGCCGGUACAGGUCGAACGAUACGUGUUGCUCACAGAAGACGCGCGCAAACGGUUUAAGUUGCGACAAAUACGCAAGAAGAUGACCACCCCGCUCACAGAGGCACUGGGCGACACUCCAUCAGAAGAGAUGUUGAAACCACACAAUUUCAAAGAGUUACCCGACACAACACAGAUAAUUAGAGGAAGUACCUGUAUACCUGAAUCUGAAGCAAUGAAUAUGCUUCCGUUCGCGGCCAUAAUGGCUAUCGUGACGUCAUACAAGUACGCUAUCAACACGUGGACACCCGGCAUCGUCGACUUCGUUAUCGACACGGCGAAGAAACUCUACAAUAAUAAAAAGGAGAAGUUUCAACUUGCACCCCUGCACAUUAUACCCAAAAUUGGUAUUGGACAUCAGGCUUACAACGCAAACAUAGACGUAGUAGGCGAAGGGGCUACGUGGCAGCUAGAAGAAGUACUGACGAAGAAAUUCUUGCCCAAGUUCGACCGUGGGAUGAUCACCACUACCAACUACAGUUGCGCGUUCUUCCAUAGAAACGGCCUGUACUACCUGUUCGAUGGAAGCGUUUGCAACCCGAUGGGCCUCAGGGAUGCCAAGGAGGCUAAAGCUACCGCAUGCUUUAUGCGGUUUCGCUCGUUGCAUGACCUCGUUUGCAGAGUUUUAUACAAUAAAGACGGCGACACAGAGGACCAGCAGUUCAUUUUGAGCAGAAUUCUAGUGAGAAGGCUAUUGCCUGAAGCUCGGUACAAGUUGCCGGAGGACUACGACUACGCCACAGCCAUGCCCACCGGCAAGAAGUCCAAGAUGGAGAUCGUCAAAGACACCCCCGCCUCCAAGGCCAUCGCCACUGCCAUCACCAAAAUUAAAGAAACCGACGAAGAUAGUGUUGGCUACAAAAACAUCGACGGUAUUUACAGAAUAGAGGGCACCACAUCUAUAUCAGACAAAAAAGAAAGCUCAACAGACGUGAAAAGUUGCCACUUCGUCUGCCUAAUCGCCAUGCUAAUGGCUGCGAUGCACCCACUCAGAACAUGGAACCAGAUCAUGGUCGACACCUGCAUCGAAAAAGGACUAGAGAUAGCCGAGAAAGCCACUAAUAUGGCUACUUGUGAAAAACGAGUCAUAAAAAACAUAAUUUUAGAUGGAAAGUUUAUUAACAUUAAUAUCAAGAAAAUUAUAGUGGUCAACGAAAAUCCAGAAAAGACUUUAGAACAAUAUUUGAAAGCCGUAUUGAGCAGGCUGCGUUAUGUGAUUAUAAGGUUUCCACAGUGCAGCAUGGUUAUAUGUCAGACAGAUGGGUUCUACCAUCUCUUUGAUCCUUACGCGCCCCCGCCUGAAGAUCCUAAGGCGCAAGCGAAAUUGGAUAAAGCUGCACAAAUGACUGAUGAUGAGUCAAAGAGUCAAAAGAGUGACACUGAUUCGAAGGCUGCCAAAGGUAAAUCAAAAAAGAAAAUUAACAUGAUCACUCCCGUUGGGCCCGUGGCCGGAUGGACGCUGUACCGGUCAGCCGAGUCAUUGACUGAUCGAAUAAAGAGAACUGUCAAGAAUGGCGUUAAUUCGCCUGAAUUUUACACGUUUGAGUUGACUUCGGUUAAAACUGCUCCUCGCUACUCUGCGCUGAACUACAAACUCAGCCCGCUAUUCAAACCUGACGAAAAUCCAAACCAUCCAUUCCUGAAACAGAAAAAACCACGCCCUCUUGUAGAUGAGAAAAUGUAUUGGUUAAAUAUCGAUAACAUACCGUGGUCUAGAAUGAACGCCUUGAAUGACCUAGGAUUCCCUCGGAACACCCCGAAAACAAUGUGGAAGGACUGGCAUAUCGAAUUUCCAGGUGACUUGUACUCUCUGUGGGGCAGUCUACCUCCUACCGCGGAGAGAUUCGGCGCAACUCGCGGUAAACAGCACUUAGCCAACUGUAUUCUAGCUUUAGUUAUGACGAAAGCUUGCGAUUUCACUGCGUGGACUGGAACUUUCCUAGACGGAAUAGUCAUCCAAGGUGAUAAAUAUUUCCAAAAGGUAGCUGCAAAAAUUGGAGAGACACCUAACUAUGAACUUCAAGUAGAAGAUUUUGAUGGUGUUUCUGAAGAAAUCUAUCCGUAUAACUUUACUGUUAAGUUUGAAAAAGUCAUAUUUGGUUUUGUAUACAAUUUAAGUCCAGAUAGAUUCAAUUUGAGCAAAGCAUUAUCGUACUUUUUCCAAAAACACACUAUUGGAAUACUGGCCUGUUUCGAAAAAAAUUUAGCUUUUGGGAAGAUCGAUGCGUCAUAUUUCAUGUUCGAUUGCACGACCUUCGGUGCUCCGGUGUGGAAUCCAGGACAAGGAGGAGCCUACAUGUUGAAAUGUGAGAGCUUAAAUAGACUCGUAUAUGUUAUGACGAUUACGUUGGGUGUGCGUGGCCACAAUCAACUUUUCCAUUUGUAUAGUGCAACAGUGAACUUGGAAGGAAAAGGUGGAAAAGGUAAAUAAAUGUAUGUUGGGAUUAAGUAUUAUUUUUAAUGCGAGUAGUAACUGUCCCUGCUGUAAAUCUGAACCACUCACUUCCAUUCAAAAUUGUGCCGAGAGUAGUGUCUGGUGGUUUUAUAGAAAUGUGAAAAUAAUUGCAACAAAAUCUGUCUUACAAUUAGAUGAUUGUAUUGUGAAGCUUAAUUUACUAAAUAAAAAUAUGUUCUUAAU